AUGCCCGAUUAUCUUCAGGAAGUAAUUGUGGACAUGGCCCUUUGCUUAGGAGCAAGUGGUGGUAAUUUUCUACAGGCUUCACGCAUUUAUGCAGAGCGAUACCCAGGAAGAAGACACGCAGAUCAUAAAACAAUUAAACGUUAUGUUCAAAGAGUAAAGAAUGGCCAUGUAAAACGACGUUGUCGUCGACGUCAAGUUCCAUCUCUCCUUGAAAUUGGUGUGUUAGGAGUUGCUACAUUAAAUCCUAAUACAAGCCUCAGACAAAUUGAACGUCUGCAUAAUGUGCCACGUUCAUCUGUAUCGCGAUAUUUGAGAUACACUAAAUUCCAUCCAUAUCACAUUGCCCUGCAUCAAGAGUUGAAUGAUAAUGACCAUCGUCGUAGAUUGCGCUUUUGCCAAUGGCCCGUCAACAAAUGA